AGGCUGGGUAUGCUGCGCAAUUCAGAUCCCAUUGUGAUCCACUAGCCUCUGCCCAGCAACUCCUAUCCCUACCUCCACGCGGUACCGGCCGGAAACUAUGAGCAACCUUAGGGAAGAUCGGGUAACCAACCCCGGUGGGAACUUUGGUCGUAGGCUGACAGGGAAGGGGGGGGGGGCUUUGAUUCGGUAAACCUGAGCGUCUGUUCUCCAGGAGGAGCGGCUCACAACGGCGUCUGAUCCCCAUGUUAGGGGCGGCUGAUCUACGUCCGAGUUCCAGGGAAGGACUCUAAGCUCAACUGUGCACUAUGGUCCUCCGGAAAGUAGGGGGUUGGUGUCAGGCCCUACGAGCCAGCCGUAAAAAAACCAUUGUAACGGAAAAUCAGCAACAGAAUAAUACGAACCAACGGCAAUGACCCCAGCGAACAAAAAGGACUUGCGAUUGGAAACUCGGUACGUGGAACUGCCGAUCUCUCAACUUCAUUGGGAGCACCCGCAUACUCGCCGAUCUACUGAAGGACCGCGGGUUCGGCAUCGUAGCGCUGCAGGAGGUGUGUUGGGCAGGAUCCAUGGUGCGAACGUUUAGAGGUAAUCAUACCAUCUACCAGAGCUGCGGCAACACACGCGAGCUGGGAACAGCUUUCAUCGUGAUGGGUGAUAUGCAGAGGCGCGUGGCCGAUCGAUGAAAGAAUGUGCAGUUUGAGGAUCAAGGGCCGAUUCUUCAACUUCAGCAUAAUAAACGUGCACAGCCCACACUCCGGAAGUACUGAUGAUGACAAGGACGCAUUUUACGCGCAGCUCGAACGCGAGUACGAUCGCUGCACAAGCCACGACGUAAAGAUCAUCAUAGGAGAUUUGAACGCUCAGGUAGGCCAGGAGGGGGAAUUCAGACCGACGAUUGGUAAGUUCAGCGCCCACCAGCAGACGAACGAAAACGGCCUACGACUCAUUGAUUUCGCCGCCUCCAAAAAUAUGGCCAUACGUAGCACCUUUUUCCAACACAGCCUCCCUUAUCGUUACACCUGGAGAUCACCACAGCAGAUGGAAUCUCAAAUCGACCACGUUCUGAUUGACGGACGGCACUUCUCCGACAUUAUCGACGUCAGGACCUAUCGUGGCGCCAACAUCGACUCCGACCACUAUCUGGUGAUGGUCAAACUGCGCCCAAAACUCUCCGUCAUCAACAAUGUACGGUACCGGCGACCGCCACGGUACAACCUAGAGCGACUGAAGCAACCGGAUGUCGACGAGGGCGAGCUCGAUGAGACCUUUCUAGAGGACUGCUGGAGUACAGUGAAAGCAGCCAUCAACGACGCAGCCGAGAGCACCAUCGGGUACGUGGAACGGAAUCGACGAAACGAAUGGUUCGACGAAGAGUGCAGAACCGUUUUGGAGGAGAAGAAUGCAGCGAGGGCGGUAAUGCUGCAGCAAGGGACUCGACAGAACGUAGAAUGUUAUAAACAGAAGCGGAAACAGCAGACCCGGCUCUUUCGGGAGAAAAAGCGCCGCCUGGAAGAAGCGGAGUGUGAAGAAAUGGAACUGCUGUGCCGUUCCCAAGAAACACGGAAGUUCUAUCAGAAGCUCAACGCAUCCCGCAACGGCUUCGUGCCGCGAGCCGAAAUAUGCAGGGAUAAAGACGGAGGCCUCUUGACGGACGGACGUGAGGUGAUCGAAAGGUAGAAGCAGCACUUCGAUCAGCACCUGAACGGCGUGGAGAACGUAGGCACGGGAGCCCACAGCAACGGAAGAAACGACGACGCCAGUGCAGCGGAGGACGGAAAUGAACCAACUCCCACGCUGAGGGAAGUUAAGGACGCCAUUCACCAGCUCAAAACCAACAAAGCAGCUGGUAAGGAUGGUAUCGCAGCUGAACUCAUCAAGAUGGGCCCAGAAAAGUUGGCCACCUGUCUGCAUCGGCUGAUAGUCAGGAUCUGGGAAACCGAACAGCUACCGGAGGAGUGGAAGUAAGGGGUCUGCCCCAUUCACAAGAAAGGCGACCAUUUGGAAUGUGAGAACUUCAGGGCGAUCACUAUUUUGAAUGCUGCCUACAAAGUGCUAUCCCAGAUCAUCUUCCGUCGUCUGUCACCUAAAACUAAUGAGUUCGUGGGAAGUUAUCAAGGCGGCUUCAUCGACGGCCGGUCGACAACGGAUCAGAUCUUUACCGUACGGCAAAUCCUCCAGAAAUGCCGUGAAUACCAGGUCCCAACGCAUCACCUGUUCACCGACUUCAAAGCGGCAUACGACAGUAUCGACCGCGCAGAGCUGUGGAGAAUCAUGGACGAAAACGGCUUUCCUGGGAAGCUGACUAGACUGAUUAAAGCAACGAUGGACGGUUGGAGCGGACCUGGUGUGAUGGUUAGAACACUUGACUAUCACGCCGAGGACCUGGGAUCGAAUCCCACUCCCGACAAACUUGCAAAAUGUGAGUUCUUCCUUCGGAAGGGAAGUAAAGCGUGGGUCCCGAGAUGAACUAGCCCAGGGCUAAAAAUCUCGUUAAUACAGAUAAAAAAACUGUUACGAGUGUAGACCUGAAGUCCUGAACUCCAAGGUAGUUUGGCUGACCUGGAAUAUCCCUAUAGCGUCUAUAAAUGACAUUGUAGAUGUCAAGAUCUUCACGGAUCCCAGCAUCUUAUGCUAAUAGUAUUGUAUUAUUCUUGUAGAUUUGAAGGACUUCACUACUGGGCAGUUUGGAACACCUAGAACAUCCCAGAAUAUAAAACACCUUUUGAUAUUCUUGAUGAAGGCUAAAUGGAUACAUAUAAACGAAACCCACAUCCAAGUUUAGCUUUUAGAACAGCUGGUAUGUCAAUUAUUCCGUUUUUCCAAAUUUCAUGGUGUUCAGGAUGUUCUAGGUUAUCAAUUAAGUCCCAAAUACAAAUAUCCCAAUUUUUCCCUAAUAGAGGACUCGAUUUGCAACAACUUUGCUGAAGACAGUAUACUGUUUUAUCGAAUGGGUGAAUUUAUACAGCCGUUUCUAUGUUGGGGUCAUAUAUGACCCCUUCGGCUCCAAAGGGUUAAAGAGAUUUUCAGCCAUAUGCUAGUUCAUCUCAGGACCCUCGCUUUACUUCCCUUCCAAAGGAAGAACUGACAUUUAGCGAGUUUGUCGGGAGUGGGAUGCGAUCCCAGGUCCUCGGCGUGAUAGUCAAAUAUUCUAACCAUCGCACCAGGUCCGCUCCUUGGAAUUCUUUAUGGAACUCCUUCAGGUAUUCCUCGACUAAGUUCUGCCCGUAGCAACUCCAAGAAAUUUUCUAGAGAUUCCUCCAAGGAUUCAUCCAAGGAUUCCUUAACGACAUUUCCUACGAAAUCCCCCAGAAAUUCCAUCAGUCAUUCCUCGAUUGCUCACAAAAAUCUCUUCAGGUAUAUCACCAGAAAUACCUCCAGGGAUUUUUUCAAGAAUUUUUUUUCAAUAAUUCAUCCAGAAAAUCCUUUAGAGAUUUCCUAAUGAAUACCUCCAAGAUAUUUGAGAAAAAAUCCAGAAAUUCUUCAAGAAAACACUCCUGGGACAACUUCAGAGAUUCAUUCGAGAAUUCCUCCAGGGAUUCUUUCUGGAAUUCUUC